AUGACUUAUAUAGUGAAUAAGGAAGAGCACAAACAGCUUACUAUUGUGUGCUCUGCUUUCCCAUCAAGCACUGCGGCAAGAGGUGAAAUAACAAUGGAUUCUAUAUUGUCUCAACUAAAGCAGCUAACUCCUGAUGAUCUUAGAGAAGAAAUUAUGAAAGCUGGACUGAAGUGUGGACCCAUUACCUCGACUACCAGGUUUAUUUUUGAAAAAAGAUUGGCACAGUCUUUGUUGGAACAACAAGGAGGGUUGGAAAUUGAUGCAGCCACUGUUGCCGAGAAAUUUUCUGAAAACACUGCAUCUGAUAGUGACCAGUCAGAAAUACAAAGAGCUUUGAAAUCUGCCACAGUGAACACCAAGAGUCAUAUAAACUUCUCUGAAGACGGAGAUUUUGGGUACAAUAUGGGCCUGAAUCCCCCAGAAGAGGAAGCUGUAAUGCACAAGUCCUGUUCUGCAUCAGUCUGUGGAGCAGUAGAUACUGAUGCACAAAUAAAUGCUCAUACACCAUCUAGAGACCCUCCUGUAUACUAUGGUGUAUGUCCAGUUUAUGAUGACAUUUUGGCAAGAAAUGAGAAAGUGCAUGUUUAUGAGGACAAAAAGGAAGCUCUACAAGCUGUUAAGAUGAUUAAGGGCUCCCGAUUUAAAGCUUUCUCCAACAGAGAAGAUGCUGAAAAAUUUGCAAAAGGAAUAUGUGAUUACUUUCCAUCUCCUAGCAAGACUUCCUUAUCUUUAUCUCCAGUGAAAACGGGACCAUUACUUAACAGAGAAGGCUUAUGCUCCCCUGAGACAGAAGCAGCUAAUAAAGAAAGAGCCAACAGUUAUAAAAGUCCUCGUACUCAGGACCUUACUGCCAAACUUCGGAAGGCUGUAGAGAAAGGAGAUGAAGCAACAUUUUCAGAGCUUAUUUGGAGUAAUCCACGUUAUCUAAUUGGAUCUGGAGACAACCCAACAGUGGUACAAGAAGGGUGUAGAUACAAUGUCAUGCAUGUUGCUGCCAAGGAGAAUCAAGCUGGUAUAUGCCAAUUGUUGCUAGACACUUUGGAAAAUCCUGAAUUUAUGCGGCUCAUGUAUCCAGACGAUGAUGAAAUAAUGUUGCAGAAUCGCAUUAGAUAUAUAGUUGACCUCUACCUUAAUACACCCGAUAAAAUGGGAUUUGAUACUCCAUUGCAUUUUGCUUGCAAGUUUGGGAAUCUGGAUGUGGUUAAUGUGCUUACCUCACACCCAGAUAUUGUAAAAAAUCCGAAAAACAAGUAUUAUCAAACUCCAGCAGAAGUAAUCUGCGAAAGAAACAAAAAUAAAUCAGUCGAACUGAAAGAGAAAAUAAGAGAAUAUUUGAAAGGUAGAUAUUAUGUGCCACUCUUGAGAGCGGAAGACAAUUCCUCAGCUCCAGUGAUUGGUGCACCUUGGUCACCUGAUCAGUCAGACGACAACCCCCUUACAGCUUUACCUAAACAUGGUGGCAGUCCAAAAGAUCCAGUCUUGUCCGUGAGAGCUUUUGCAGGCCCAAUGACCCCCUCCAAGGCAGAAGAAUUUCGGAGGCUUUGGAAAACUCCACCUCGAGAGAGAGCAGGUUUCUUUCACAAUGUCAGGAAAUCUGAUUCGGAAAGAGGAGUUGAAAGAGUUGGGAGGGAGUUAGCUCAUGAGCUGGGGUUCCCGUGGGUUGAAUACUGGGAAUUUCUGGGCUGUUUUGUUGAUCUGUCUUCCCAGGAGGGGUUGCGAAAAUUAGAAGAGUACCUGAGUCAACGGGAAAUGAGCGAAAAGGCUCAGCAAGAAACAGGAGAAAAUGAAACCUGCAAUAGAUAUAAAACUCCACAUUCUUCUGGCAAGAGUAAAAAGUGCUGCAAUUCCAUUUCUGUUGGAGCAUUUUUAGAUGAAGAUGAUGAUGACAUGAGCUUGGAAGAAAUUAAAAACAGACAGAAUGCAGCACGAAAUAACAGCCCGCCUGUUGUGACUGAGGAAUCUAAUAUAGAUGCCAUUGGAGAUGUGGAGUGUGACAUUCUGUCGAUGGAGCACAAAGUAAACAUUAUAGAAACACCGAAUCUCUCCAUGAACUAUGAGAAGGGGGUUUCUUCCCAUAAAAAUGGGUUUUGCAGCCCUGUAACUAACGAGAGGAUAACUAACGAGAGGAUAACUACUGACAGAAAACAUUCACAUGGUGGAGAGGAGUGCCUUAUAUCCCCAGUCUCCAACUUAAUGACAGAAUUUGAACGACUGUCUUUCCAAGACCAAGCAGUGACAGGGGAAUGUUUGUUGGAGAAACCAAACAAAAUUACUGCAAAAACUGAGAAUGAGAGAGUUUUGAUUGAAGGAAUGAACCAGGUCAGAGUAUCUAUGGACCAGCUGGGUAAUACUUGCUCAGCACUUUCUAUGGCAAGCUGUUCUUCUGAGUCAGCUACUACUGGAAAGUCUGGAGAUACAAAAUUAAGGACAGAAAACAAAAUGCCAUCAGAUGCUGAGACACAACCGUCAUUGGACUGUGGUAUUUGGGACAAAAAGACACAACAGCUUAGCAGUCUUUCUGUGCAAUCUGAGUGUGCUGCUUCUUUGUGUCAAGAGCCUUCUUCUGAGAGAUUUCUUUUGAAGACUCCACCCACAAAUGAAAAUACUAAGAAGUUAUUCCUCUUUGGGGAACAGCCAUCAAAGCUGGAUAGUGAUGUCCUAGCAGCUGUAGAAGGAGUAGAGAUUGAUCCACAGAAAUACCCUAUUACUUACAAAUGGAAGAAUGCGGUACAAUCCUAUGCUACUUCUGACAGGCAAAGUUGGUCAAGUCCAGCAUUGAAAGGAAGGUUCAAGAUCCAGCCUCUUUCAGCAGGCCCACCAAAUGGUUCAACGUACUCUAGCCCAAGAAGAAAUAGUCCAGUGAUGGGCAGCCCAGGGAAAUAUGGCAAUGCUGCUUCAUUUUUUCCAGAUCUCGGGAGUCCUGGGCGGUAUAGUCCAGCUUAUGCCAACAAUAUCCUGUUGUUAAAACUACAUCAUUUGUCAGGACCUCCUGCCCAUUAGAACAUGAUUCAUCUUCCUGGGACUCUAUAUUUUCAUUUCAAGAGUGGAGGAAGAAAAUUGUAGCAUUGCUAAAGUGACAUGAGGAAGUGUCCUUGAUUAUUUUAUCCUCAUUUUGAGGACAAAUAUUCACUUAGUCUUGACUUCAUGUACCAGAUAACUGGUGAUUUGCAAGAAGUAAGCGAAGCUAACUUCUGUUCAGUAAUUAUAAAAUAAAUACCCUGGUUCUUUUUAACAGGAGUCCAUGAUCUGAACCUUUCAUUUAGUGAUUCCUAUAAGAAAUGGUGUUAUUGACUGUAGACCAAAUAUGAUAAUAAAAAUGAACCCACAAAUGCAUUUUUUCCCACUUGGAUAACGGUGAAGCAUCUUAUCAAUAAAUAGAAUUCUAGGUUAGAGGGAACUCAUUCAAGAAAUCUAAAGCAUUUAUAUUUCAUUGAACAGAAAAAAACAAAUUAAAAAACUGAAAGAUUAACUUGAGUUCUCUUUCCUGUUCAAAUAAGAAUUUGACUCUCAGUGCCCAAUAGGGAAGAAUUCAUCUAUGGCCAACAAUUCAGUUUAAACAGUAAAAAAUAUCUAAAAUGAAGAGUAGCCAGAGAAACUGUUAUGGAUCAUUUUGCAUUCUGAGUAUGAUAAAAAUAUAUCAGAGAUUGAGCGUUGUAAGGAAAGAGCACUGUAGACAUUAAUUAUCUAUGUUUGUGUUACUUUGAAAAUAAAAAUCCUGAAGAUAAAAGCUCAGCUUUUUUUCACCAAAGCUUUUUCCAUUUGCAGUUUUUACUAAUAAUUACACACAAGCACAACAGCAAUAAUUUUAAGUUGGCCAGUGAUCUGUUAAUGGUCCAAUUUAAUGUGAUAUAUUUUGGAGAUAAACAGAAAUUCAUGAAGGAGGUUCCUUUCCUUAUUGAUGGGAUAAAUAAAGACUGAGACAGUUUUUAUUGAAAUACAAAUUCUUACGGUCUGUAGUCUAGUUAUAGUAACUUAUUUUUUUAGCAACAAUUAAAAAUAAUUGAAUUCCUCAGUAUUCUUUAAAGUUAGUCCUUUCAUCAGAUAGUGGAAAUGUUUCUAAACUUGAAACAGAAUACCCGGGAUGUAGAUUUUGAGAGUUGGGUUGUUGUUAUACUAGUUGAGAACACUAUCCCCAACGUUGCAAGGAAAAAAUAGAACCUCAAUGAGCUUUUGUAACAUGCAUAGAAGUAUCUCAAGGAAUCUUAACAGUAAAUAGGAUGUCAUAGUAUAUUGGUAUCCAACUGUGGGACCUUUACAUCACAGACACUGGAUUAAAUUAUAUAAAACACAGCUGUGUUGGUAGCUGUUGCACAUUAGAGUAAAAUGACUGUUUUAUACACAUUGUAUCCUAUCCUAAAUAUAUUCAUUGUUUGGUACAAACUUUAAAACUGCACUUAAUGCUUUUGCAAGCUUAACGGUGCCUUUUGUAACAAUUUUAAAUUUAGCAUUUUUGUUUAUGGUUUUAAAAGAGGCAUCCACUCAUGUGGGAACUUAAAAUAUAGUUUUCCCUCUAAGAUUGAAUGAAAAAGUAUUUUAAAGGUUCUUUCUGCAUAUCGUUUUGGUGAAAUAGCUCUGGGCUUCGGAGUUAUAGAUGUAUUUUUGGAACUAUGUUUUUACAGAUGACUUAAAUGGAAAUUAAUAGAUUACUACGAGCUGAACGUUAGGAAUGAACCACUAGCUUCUAACAACUGACCAUCAUUCAAAUAUUAUCCACUGAAGUUGCUUUAUUGUGGAACUCUCCAAUAAAACCUACUAUAGUAGUAGUAUCUUUUCCAGCAGUUAUUAAACUAAGUUGCUGUAGGAGUCUACACUUUCAGUUGCUUUAACUUCUAAAUUAUUAAAAAUCAAUUUCUCUAAACUUUUUGGACUGUGCAGUAAUUAUCCAGUCUGUCCAGAUACGCAGGUAAUUAUUUUACUCAUAAAUCAUAUGUGUGUAUAUAUACAAAAGCUGAAAACACUUCACAAUUAGUUGUACUGGUGCUAACACAUAAACCAAUUACUGCAUUAUAUUUUUUUCCCAGUACUUCCAACAUCUAAGGCAGUGGCCCUCCAAAUGAUGGAAAAUCCUAUUUAUAUCAAUGAUAUAAGCUGCAUUCCUGUUUACAAAUAGCUUAAAAACUUUGGUAAAAGAAAUUCAGGAGACUGAGAAAUUGAUGCUUUAUUACUAUUUUCUGUCCUUUUCUUUUACACUUGUUAUAUGCUUUUUUGUAUUAAAAUCCAAAUUUCUGGCACAAACUUCUACCAGUUUGUAACAUUUUUGUUUGGGAUUGUGGGGGAGGGGAUUUGGAGAGAACACUUUGUGACAAAUGUCUUAUCAAAUUUGCAUUUUAGUCUGUGGUGUACUCAGUUUUUAAGUAAAUUUUUAAUACAAUAAUUCAUUUCUUUAGAAAUAAACAAUUUGUUUAUUCACAGUCUUGGAAAACCUUUUAGAAGAACAUCUGAUACUAAAUCUAGACUGGGACUGUUUCAUGAAUUUUUUUUUUUGUUAUUUUGGGUAAUAGUUGAUCUCCGGUGCAAAGGAUCUUCACAUUAUUUGUCAGUAUGACAUAAAAGUGCUGAGGUUCAGCUGCUAUUCUUUCCAUUCAAAGUAAAUGUGUAGUUAAGGUGAUAUAAGGUAAUGGUAAUUGGGAAUAUGCAUUCAUGUUGUGAAAUUGAAUGCAGCAUUUUUGCUGUGUGAUAUAAAUAAAACAUCUUUCUUUUAGAUACCACAUAUCUUCAAAGCUUUAUUUUUAUGAUUAAAUUUAAUGGGUGCCUCAAUUGGGGGACAUAAAACUAAAAGUUUGGAAUAUUUCACAAUCUGCAAGAUGUGAGUUUUGUCCCUUGAUCACUGCACUUUUGACAUUUAAAAGAAAUGCCUAUCUUUAGGGAAAGGGGGUAAUUUAUGCUCCCUGUUGUUGAGAGCAGAGGGGUAUUUUCAUGGUACAAAAUCUAUACUCUAAACAGGGAUAUUAUAUUGCCAGCUUAAUUUUUAUAUUAAUUUAAUUCUUUUGGUUUUAAACCUUAGUGCCAAUACAAAUGCUGAUUUCAGAAUGUGCAAAGAUAUGUUGUAUGUGCUCUGGCCUUCCUAACUGUAUUUAUGGUUCUGUCAAUACUGUGUAUGUAAUUUGUGCUGGAGUAAAUAAAGUGCACAAAAUAUUCAGCAUGAGA